GUAUUCGCUCCUGGGAUGUCGAUCUCACUACCUUUGACCUGAAUCAGCAGUUGAGACUAUUUGUAACAAGACAUUCCGCUCAGUUCUCUCCUGAUGCCCGAGGCCAGAAGACACUUCACCACAGUAGUGAUGCCCUUGAGACUGUGGUGCUAGUUAAUCCUGCCGAAGAAACUAUUGCCUCAGAGGUUCAUUCAUUGGUGACUGACUCCUCCCGCCGUAAACUGUUGGUUCUGUGCGGGCAAAGCUCUGACCAAGGAGGGGACCUCAUUCUGCAGAGUGGAACUUAUUCUUUUCGAAGAUUCACUGAGACCUUUGCAGAUCCUGAGAUUACAGAGCUACUGAGCAAUACAGACAUUGACACCAAGGCUUUUCUGACGAUCUGCCACGCCGGAGAAGGGGACUGGAACAAUCUAGAACAACACAAUCUCCAGGAGUUCAUCAACCUUAAUCUGAACCCAGCAACUGUCCUGCCAGAGAUGGAUGGAGUCUCUGAGUUUACAGAAUACCUCUCCGAAUCUGUGGAGGUUCCGUCACCUUUUGACCUCCUAGAGCCUCCCACCUCAGGGGGUUUCCUUAAACUGUCCAAACCAUGCUGCUAUAUCUUCCCUGGGGGAAGAGGAGACUCAGCAUUGUUCGCUGUGAAUGGCUUCAACAUCCUCAUUGAUGGAGGAUCUGAAAGGAAAUCCUGCUUUUGGAAGCUUGUUCGUCAUUUGGACAGGAUCGAUUCCAUACUCCUGACGCACAUUGGUGCAGACAAUUUGCCUGGAAUUAACGGCCUCCUCCAGCGAAAAAUAGCCGAGCAAGAUGAGGAGCAAUCGCAAGGUUCCACAACUUACAGUGACUGGAUGAAAAAUCUCAUCUCUCCUGAACUCGGAGUAGUAUUCUUCAAUGUCCCUGAGAAAUUAAAAAUGCAGGAGUCGUCUAUGAAAGUCAAGAGGAGCAUUGAAGAAGCCUGUUUAACACUACAGUACUUAACCAAACUCAGUAUCAAACAAGAACCUCUCAACAGGGUUGUUGGCGCAACUAUUGAUCCAAUCCCAUUGUUUCACAAGAUGGGAGUUGGACGACUCGACAUGUACAUUCUCAACCCAGUAAAAGACAGCAAGGAAAUGCAGUUUCUGAUGCAGAAGUGGGCAGGAAAUAGCAAGGCAAAGACUGGAAUCAUUCUGCCCAAUGGAAAAGAAGGGGAGAUUUCAGUCCCUUAUCUAACCUCCAUCACAGCUUUAGUUGUGUGGCAUCCUGCCAACCCUACAGAGAAAAUUGUCCGUGUCUUGUUCCCUGGGAAUGCACCACAGAACAAAAUCUUGGAGGGACUAGAAAAAUUAAAACACCUAGAUUUUCUAAAAUACCCUGUUGCCACACAAAAAGACCUUUCUACUGGUAUGACCCCACCAGCUGUGAAACAGACAAAAGUAAGGCAGAGGACAGAUAGCAAAGAAAGUCUCAAAUCUUCACCCAGGCCAGCUGCUAAACCUGUGAAAAAGGAGGAAACACCAGAAGAGAUCUCUACAAAGCCUCCAGAGGUUAAACCUGAGCCAGUAAAGGAAAGCAAGCUAGAAAAGAAAGAAGAAAAAAAGGUAAAGAGUGAAGUAGAAAAAUCAGCAGCUGAUGCAAUGAAAACAGAAAAGAAAAAGUUGGUCAAGGAAAGAACUCUAAAAAAGCACACCAAAGACAAGCUGGCAAAGUCCGAAGAAAAGAAGGACAAGGAGAAAAAGGAAAUUAAAAGGGAGAAAAAAGAUGACUCGAAAAAAGAUGAGAAAAAGGAGGCAAAAAAAGAUGAAAAGAAGAAGGAAAAGGAGGUGAAAAAAGAAAUCAAGAAAUUUUCUAAAACCGACUUUAAACCAUUUACACCAGAAGUCAGGAAAACUCUGCACAGGGCAAAAAUGCCAGGCAGAAAAAUAGAUUCUGCUAAAACAAAAGUGGGAAAAGAGAUAAAAGUCGAACAAAAAGAUGAGCCAGCAGCAACUCAACCUGUAGCAGAGGAACAAAUAUCCAUUGAUUUGCAAGCAGAGAGAUCUGUAAUGUCUUCACCUGAAGACUUAACUAAGGACUUUGAGGAACUGAAACAAGAGACGACCAAACCGGAUGUGACUAAAGAGCCAGUUUGUGUAGAACCAAGCGUAAGUCCUGUUGAUGUGGAAGAAAUGGCCAGUGUAAAUGAGGAACAACUAGACACACUUGUUCCCAGCCCUCAGCCAGAGCUGAUAAUGACACCUACCGUUACUGACAUAAAGGCUCCUCUUGAAUCGCCAGAUGAAGGAAUAACCACAACAGAUGUAGAAGGUGAAUCACCUUAUGAAGAACACGGUAUUUGUCCACCUCAGCCAACUACAGAUGUUGCUGAGAAGUUUGAAGAUGAAGGAACUGCAAUGGAGGAAUCGUUGGAAAUGAGUGAAUUGGAAGAAAGAGUAGAGAAAAAGGCAGAGAAGGAACCCGAUGAGUUACAAGAAAGAACAGUUAUGCAGGAUGGAUUAGAAAAGGCUCAAAUUGAUGAAGCAAAAGAACAGGACCUUUUCAAAGAAAAUAUUGUGACUCUAGAAAAGGAAGGAAAAGAGGUUGGAAGAAAGGAAGAGGAACAGAUGGAGACGUGUGAAAGGUACAUUGAAACAAUGGAGAUGAGGGACCAGGGUGAAGUAGAAGAAAGUGAGGGGGAAGAGGUGGUAGAAAAGGCAGAAGUGGAAGAAACAGAAGAUGUAGACGACGAUUUAAAAUUAACAGCAAAGGAGCAAGAAAAAGAGAAAUAUUCAGAUGAAUUGAAGGACAAGGAUGAAUACAGUGAAAAACAAGACCAAGAAUUAUUUAAGUAUCAAUCAGCAGCAGUGCAAAAAAAGGUUGAAGAACAAGAAGUAAAAGAUACUGUGGCUAAAACAGAGGCAUUGGGAACACAAAUGCUAUCCACACAGGGAGCAGUGGGAGAGCCGGUUUCAUACAUCCAGGAUGAAACUAUUCCUGGCUAUUCUGAAACUGAACAAACCAUUUCUGAUGAAGAAAUUCACGAUGAACAGGAAGAUCGAAUUGGUCAUCUAAAAUAUGAAGUGGACACGUAUGACAUCUCUGUGCCAGAUGAUACAAGGUCCUUUGAUGCAGUCCAUGGAAUGAAGGAGAUGAAGGCCAUGUCUGGAAUCGAGACUGGUGUCAAGGGCUUCGCUCGAGAGGAGCCCGAGAUUGUGGUCUAUCCCUCCGAGAUACUGGCUGCACCCCUUGCUGAAGAGGAACACAUUUCAUCUGCUGCUUCCAUCACAGAGUGUGAUAAACUCUCUUCAUUUGCUACGUCAGUGGCAGAAGACCAGUCUGUGGCAUCAGUAACCGCACCUCAGACAGAGGAGACGGGAAAGAGCUCUCUUAUGUUGGACACGGUAAACAGCUUGGCAUCAUGCAGAACAGAAGCCACCCAAGGCAGAGAGUACCUCCCAUCAGCAGGUACUAUAUCGCCCACAUCAUCAUUGGAAGAAGACAAAUACUUCAAAUCCCCACCAUCAGAAGACUUCCACCCUAUUGCUGAGGUCAUUACUAAAAUGAAGGAAGAGGAGGAGGAGGAAGAAGAGCAAACGCCUAAUGCAGAAAUGCCAGAGAAGCAUAAAGAGCAGUAUUCAGCCUGGUUUCCGGAAAAGAGCACAACUGCUCCCGAUUCAUCCGAUGAAUUUAACCAAAAUGUUCUCUUUCAAAAGACCGAUGAUGAAUUCAAGCCAUCCUUGCAUUUUGAUUCUAGUUUGCCAGAAAGUGAUGAGAAGUGCAUCAGCCCUGAUGACAGCACUGUAAAAAUGGCCUCACCAACUCAAUCAGGACCAACCAGUGCUGGACACACACCUUUCCAUCAAUCACCUGUUGAGGAAAGGCCUGACACUGUUGAAGCAGAACUGUUGGAAAAGACUAUACAAGUAAUAUCCAUGCCUACUGAGAAACCAGCUAAGGACGAAGACACAAUGCAACGUAGUUCAGGACACAGUCCCAUUGAUGAUACUCAACUAAGAUCUGAAUUGCAUCAAGAAUCAUUCCUGCCUUCAGCACCUGUUGUUCUGGACACAGAUGCCUAUGACUUUGAACUGACACCAAAAGAAAAACUGGCUCAUGAGCAAGAAUAUACAACAACAGAGAAAAUGGAAAAGGACGUUCAGGAAACAGAACAUGCAGCUACAGAAAAAAUUGAAAAAGAUCUUCAGGAGACAAAGGGAACAGGCAUAGAGGGCAAGGAAUCUCCAGAGGCUGAAAAAGAUGAUCUAGAGACGAAGCUGGCAGAUACAAAGAAAACUGGGAAAGAAAUCUCAUUGGAAAAACCUCCACAGGAUGAAAAGGUAAUCCUAGAAAAGAAAGUUCCAGAAAAACCCACAGAGGCUUGGAAAAUGGAAAAAGAUGUUCUAGACUUGAAGCCGGUAGAUACAGAUAAAAUUGGGAAGGAAAUCCUGGAGAAGAAAUCUCCAGAUAUAGAAAUGGAAAAGGCCACAGAGGCUGAAAGAAUACAUACAGAGGAUCUGGAGACGAAGCCAGCAGGUACCGCGACUAUAGAUAAGGAACUUCUAGAUCAGAAAUCUCCAGACAAAGUGGAAGGAGCUCUUCAGGAGAGGAAGCCAGCAGAUGUGGAGAGCAUGGAUAUGGAGUUCCCGGUAAAGAAAUAUUCAGAGACUGAAAUGGAGGUUUUCAAGACUAAGCCAGCAGGUGCAGAGCAAAUUGUGGAAAAGAUUUUAGAGGCAAAAUCAACAGAGGUUGAAAAAAUGGAUAAAGAGAUCCCAGAAAAAACAACCGAGCUUGAAAAAAUGGACAAAGAAGCCCCUGAAAAAACAACUGAGGCUAAAACCAUGGACAAAGAGACCACAGAAAAACCAACAGAGGCACAAAAGAUGGACAAAGAGACCACAGAAAAACCAAUAGAGGCACAAAAGAUGGACAAAGAGACCUCAGAGAAACCAGCAGAAACACAAAAGGUGGACAAAGGGACCUCAGAGAAACCAGCAGAGGCACAAAAGGUGGACAAAGAGACCUCAGAGAAACCAGCAGAGGCACAAAAGAUGGACAAAGAGACCUCAGAGAAACCAGCAGAGGCACAAAAGAUGGACAAAGAGACCACAGAAAAACCAAUAGAGGCACAAAAGAUGGACAAAGAGACCUCAGAGAAACCAGCAGAAACACAAAAGGUGGACAAAGAGACCUCAGAGAAACCAGCAGAGGCACAAAAGGUGGACAAAGAGACCUCAGAGAAACCAGCAGAGGCACAAAAGGUGGACAAAGAGACCUCAGAGAAACCAGCAGAGGCACAAAAGGUGGACAAAAAGACCUCAGAGAAACCAGCAGAGGCACAAAAGGUGGACAAAGAGACCACAGAAAAACCAGCAGAGGCACAAAAGAUGGACAAAGAGACCUCAGAGAAACCAGCAGAGGCACAAAAGAUGGACAAAGAGACCUCAGAGAAACCAGCAGAGGCACAAAAGAUGGACAAAGAGACCUCAGAGAAACCAGCAGAGGCACAAAAGGUGGACAAAGAGACCUCAGAGAAACCAGCAGAGGCACAAAAGGUGGACAAAGAGACCUCAGAGAAACCAGCAGAAACACAAAAGGUGGACAAAGAGACCCCAGAAAAACCAACAGAGGCUGAAAAAAUGGAUAAAGGAAUUCUGGAAAGACCAACAGAGGCUGAAAAACUGGUUCAAAAGGCACCAGAAAAACCAACAGAGGCUCAAAAGAUAGACAAACAGACCCCAGAAAAACCAACAGAGGCUGAAAAAAUGGAUAAAGGAAUUCUGGAAAGACCAACAGAGGCUGAAAAACUGGUUCAAAAGGCCCCAGAAAAGCCAACAAAGGCUGAAAAGGUGGAUAAAGAGCUAGCACAGCCCAUUGCGACAGAGAAAAUGGAAGAAUUGUUUGAGAAGGGACAUGCAAAAAUAGAGAAAAUAGAUGUGGUGGAAAAGAAGCCUGGCGAUACUGGAAAAAUAGAAAGAGACAUUGAGGAAAAGAAGCUGGCGGCAAUGGAACAGGUGGAAGCAGCUGUCCAUAAAUUUGAUCAUUCAUCAACUGAUACCUUGGAAGAUCACAUUUGUGAAAUGGAUGUUUUACUGAAGUCAACAGGAAAGCAAGACAUUCAGAUUAAACCUUCAUCAGAUGACAAACACAUCCCUGAAACUGUAGACAGCAAAACUGUUUCUGACAGCAAGACAACUCUGCAGCAAUUAUCACCGGAAAGUGAGAAAGAUUUUGAUGCGAAGCAACAUGCAGGUGACAUUUUACCAACUAAAGAUCAGAAUAUUAUCGAAGACAAGAUGAAAUCUGUAGAAGAAAUGGACAGCGGUUUGUUGAAAGGUUACCUGUUACAAUCCGAACCUUUUCUCAGUCAGAAAGAUGAAACUACACCGGAGGUUGAAAUGUCCAAAGUUGACAUCACUUCUAAAAGUCAGAGAGAGCUCACUCCUGAGGCUGAACACAUUUGCAUCCAGGGAGCAAUGAAGGAGAUUUGUGAACCAUACAUUGAUGACAAAAUGCCCUUUUCAGAGAAACAAUUAGAACAAGUGAGCUCUGAAGCAAAGUCUGAGAUUUCUUCAUUUGAAUCUGGUAAAUGGGAUCAUACUUCCUAUUACACUGGCUCUCCUUUUGACAAGGAUAGCAUGUUUAUGUCUCAGCAUUCACCAUGUCCGGAGGAGAGUGCAAUUGAAAUACCCGAAUUUAAGGAUAAAGUAACAGAAAAAAAGGAAUUGGAGGCAGCAGAAAGUAAACAGAAAUAUACUUACUUUGAAGAAAGAACAAAGGGGUUUUCCAGUAGCACUGACUACUCCUGGACCAGUGGGCAAGAUAGCAGCAUGUCUCCAUUUGAAUACAGUAGCGCCUUUGACAAAGAACGGGAUUUAUAUCCAGAAAUAUCUGCCACCACUGACCACAAAGUGACCUCACCAGUAGUGACCACUCCAGAAACAAUAAAACAUUCAAUGGAGGAGAAAUCAGCAAAAGAGGAAAAACAAUUGGACUUGAAGACUGGUGAUGCCACAAGCAAAGAGGAACAGAAGACAUUUAUUGAACAACAUAAAGAGAUGCACUCUGUCUCAGGAGGGUAUGGAUACUCUGAUGUUUUGAGAGAAGGUGAGGCCAAAGGUUUCUAUCUAGAUGAGAAAGAUUAUAUUCUGACAAAACCAGAACCUGCUCCCAGUAAACAAGCUGAAGACACAGACUACCAUUCCACGACUCGCAAGGAUGCCAAGUUCACCAGUUCUGGUCUUUAUAUGGAAGAGGAAUUCAAGACCAAUUUGAAAGAUGACUUCUCAUCUGAAGAAAGGGAGGCAACACCUUAUCCUGAGAAUAAAAGCUUUUCCUACGCAGAGAUAGAUGAGAAAGUAACUGCCUUUGGGCUUGAACAGCUGGCGAAGACACAGAAGGAAAUAGAAUCAAAAGGAUUAGAUUGCAUGUCAAAACAGAAAGAGCUGCCAUUUGAAAUGACGUGGGAGACUGGCAAAAUGGAAAAGAAGUCUACACCUGACGUGUCGCCAAUAGAAAAAACACUAUUUUCUACAGAAAAAGAAGAAAAGGAGCCGUCAACGAGUUCUUUAUCUGGAGAAAAAGAAGUGAGUCCAGCAAGUACUGCAGAGUAUGCAGAUAUUCCAGAUGCAUCCAAGGCUCCUUCUCUAACACCAACAACCACUCAGUUUAGUCCUUUGGGAUAUGAUGCAAAAGAAGAGGACAGGAAGCUAAGCGAUAUGACUUUGAAAACCUCCUUAGAAGGCAAACCUGAAGAAGGCUCUUCUUGUGCCUCUCCGGAAGAAAAGCAAAUGUCCCCUCAGAGUAGUCUAGAACAAGGAGAAUUCCGUCCAACUACAGUUCCAUACGCUGAAAUGCCACGCUUGGGUGACAUUUUUUCAACGGGUGCCGGCUACACAGAAAUGACACAGAAGGAGACAGAUUCAAACAUUUUGGGGUAUUGUGAGAAGGAAGAUGAAGAAAGUACCAGUGAAUCAGAGUUAGAGAAAGGUGCUACGGAGAAAUCGGAAAAAGAGUCUCCAUUCGACAUUUCACAUCAAGAAAAGGGAAUGAGUUAUCCAUAUACCGAAAUGCCAGAUGCAGACAGAAAAUCCCUUCCCAUCAGUGCUGGACAGCAGUCUGCAUCAGAUGAACAAUCCAAAGCAAGUGCUGUAGGAAGUUGUACCCAGAAGCAAGAGGGAAGCAAAGGGACUGAAGUGGAAACUCUUCCUAAGAAAUCGGAAAAGGAGCAACUCGCCUCUUAUCAUGAAGAAAAGGAUGUUUUGAGUACGAGUGAGCAUAAAGAAGCAUUAGAUGAAACCCAGAGCUUUUCCCACAGUCUCAAGUACUCUUACACUGAAGUUGAGGAUUCAUUGUUCACAAGACAUAAACAGCAAGAGGACUAUUCGACGAAAACGCCAGUCUCUGCUGAGUUUGAAUAUUCUGGUACAACCAUUCAAUCUGUGUCACAGAAGAGUACAGAUUCUGAUAAAACCAAACGCGACAACGAAAAAAUGAUGAGUGAAGACAGAGAGAAGAGUCCUGAAUUGUGUACUCUUAGUAAAGACAAAGAAUUAGUGAGCUCUGGCUUUGAGUGUACGUUGACAUCUAAACCAGAGCAAUGGCCAGCUGUGCCUGAAUAUUCAGUCACGGCCAAGGAAGAGAAGCCUUCUGUUGCUCAGUUUGAGUAUUCCACCUUCACAAAAGAAGAAAUGUUUCCGUCUAGUGUUUCGAGUACAUUGUUUGAAGAUAGAAGGGUCCAGGAUGAGUAUCUAGAAGUAGCGCAGAAAGUUAGCAUUGAGGCUUCUUGCAUAGGAUUUUCACCAUUGAGUCCCUUCCAGGAAGUGAAACCGUUCCCACCUGAACCGACCACUGACAGUAAAAUUACAAGCUUAUUAAAAGAUGACGUACCUGUGUCAUCUUCACAGGAGACAUUGCAUGGCCAUCCUAUACCUACUCCUCAGACCCAAACUGAAUGCUCGUACUCUACAUCACUUGAGUCAGGCAUGCUUGUGGAGGCCAAAGGCAGAAGUUUGGAUGAAGUUUCUCCACUAGUCCCGGCAGCCAUGGCCACUUCUCACCUCACUGAGACAGAGGAGCUGCCUGCGCACCCCGCUGAGCACAGCUCAGCUUAUCUCUGUGACAUUGAAGAUUCCACAUUGUCCUGCAGGGUGGAAUGCCAAAGAUCAGCCUCCUCUACCCCAGCGGACACCAAAACAGGAACUGAAACAGCUCCCUCAGAGCUGCGUCCAUCACAAGCAACUACAGCUCCUCAUACCCUGACGUCAUUCUCUCCUCCUGAACAAGAGGAUGAGGCCACAGCAAACGGACCAACAGAGAUGAGCUUCAGCCCUCUACUGGUGCAAAGCGCACCGGAAAAGGAGGCAGAAGUUUAUUCCUCUUCAGAGAAGAGCACUCCAGAUUCUGAGCAUUCAAAAUCUUACUUGGAAGAGGCAAGUGAGCAAAUGGUCCGUCCUUCCUCUCUGGCGUCGAGUGAUCAAACCUUCAGAUCAUUUUUCUCAGCAUCUCACAAAGGCGAUGACCAUGGGGAUGCUGCCCAUGACUUGGAGGGAUGCUUAGGAGCCACAUCGGACUACAAGCUUAUGUUUUCAUCAAGUGAGUACAAACACAAAAAAGAUGAGCUCUCCCCUUCUUUCAUAAACCCAAGUCAUGAGCUGUCAGACGACGACAACUCCCAAGAUGAUGUUCCAACCUCUGUGGAGAAGAUAAGCACUCCUCACACUAGCGGCAGUCAAAUCCAUCAAAACGUGGGUGGGGAAACUCCCCCCACGUCUGAUAGUGACUCGCUUCCCUCUCAUUCCGAUUCAGAUGUUCCCCCGGAAACUGAGGACUGCCCAUCUAUAACCGCAGACGCAGCUAACGACUCCGAUGAAGAUGCCGAUUACCUCCCUGUGGACAAAACAACAGGGACGUCCCACCAUACGUCCUCACGGCCUGGGUAUGACCCACCUCCUGUCCCCAUGAUGGAUCCUCACCCUCAGCCUCCGCACCCUGACGUGUGCAUGGUGGAUCCAGAGGUGCUCGCAAACGAGCAAAACAUCAACAAACUGCUGAAGAAAGACUUGAAGGAAAAGACCAAGGGCACCAAGAAGGCAUUGAACAAAUCAAAAUCGGCUUCUCCUGGGCGAAAAUCUGAUGCCAAAAGUAAGCACCCAGCAACUCCUGCAAAAGCAUCAGCUCAAAAAGAUACAGAAAAAUCUCCAAAAACAACAUCUGCAAAAAAGAAAGAGAAGGAUUCAUCGGAGAAACCAAUUAAAGCCUCCAAAACUACUGAUGUCCAUUCAUCUCGCAUCGAUGACAAGGACGACAUCUCCAGAUGCAGCCAACCCAGCAUGGGAAAAAGCAUGGUUAAUGGUGUCAAAACUAACAUAGCUCACACCAAUAUAAAGACGAAUUCCGGUCUACCUCCGGGUCCCCCAGUUUACGUGGACUUGGCGUACAUUCCUAACCACUGCAGUGGAAAGAAUGUAGACCUGGAAUUUUUCAAGCGAGUUCGAUCUUCCUAUUAUGUGGUGAGUGGGAAUGACCCAGGAAGCGGGGAACCAAGUCGAACUGUAUUGGACGCUCUGCUGGAAGGAAAGUCCCAGUGGGGGAACAAUCUGCAGGUGACAUUAAUCCCAACCCACGACACCGAGGUGACGCGGGAGUGGUAUCAGCAGACGCACGAACGGCAGCAAGAGCUGAACAUCAUGGUCCUGGCCAGCAGCAGCACCGUUGUGAUGCAGGAUGAGUCUUUCCCAGCGUGCAAGAUUGAGUUCUGAACUCCACAGGGUCCAGGCCUCCUGCCACAAGUCUGAGGAUCAAAAACAAAAUGCUUUUGCCAUUCCAUUGUUAAACUAAUUCAUUUUUUUUAAUUGAGUUAUAAAGCGCAUUAAGGCUAGAGUUGCAGCUUACUGUUAAGAAAAGGGGGGAAAAACUCUUGAUUGGCUCCGUGAACACAGGAAGACGUACCUGCUCUAAACAAUGGUUGUUGUUUUAUGGAUCGUCCCACAUAGAGUGUGUUUGUUUGCUUUUCUGCCUAUUGAGGUUUGGAAGUAGGAAUUAGUUAGAACAAUCGCAGUUUGUUUAUUCCAUACUUUCAGCAUCACCGCAAGGUUUUACAGCUAUAUUUGUGAAGUGAGGGUUUUGCUUGGCAUUGGAGCAGAGAGUUCUAUUUGUAUUCUGAAGACAACAUUCCUUGUGACUCCAAACAUGACCAAGUCCAAUGUGCUCCUGAAGUUGCAUGGUCCAGUGGACUGAGCCAAUGGUUUAAUAGAUAAUUACUCUUGUUAAAGAAUAGUUGUCUAUUUAUAAGAGUCACUCAUUUAUAUAAUGUAAUUUCCAAUGCCAGUCACUCUGCAGAUCCCAGCAACCUCAAAUUUUCAAGGACAGAUAAAAGCUGCAGAAAACAGUAGAGUUCAAGAGGGGCAUGUUGAAUGAACUUCUACCAACUCUGUUCAGUAGAUAAGUACAUGACACACAACUGAACAAACAUUAGGAAAGUGGACUGUGUCACCAGGAUUGGCCAUUGAGGCCAAAACAAUGGGACUUAAGAAAUGGCUUGAUGUUAUAAUGGAAAUACUGUAGAGUUGGUAUUCUGGAAGGAUGAGAUUGAAUGGGCCAAAGGUCCUUAGUCUGAACCUCUUAUGAUUUUAUAAGAGGUCUUAUUUUAGUGAGGAACAAAUAUGAACAUCUUGUGAGCUCAAUUAGUGCAGAGGUUGAGGUUAAGGUGAACUAUUUUAAUUCAAGGCUACAUGACUGGUGCAUUAUUGGUGGGAAUGUGUCUUGGUGAGCUAUGGAGGUGGCUAUGAAUAUACCAUUUCCUGGCACUAUCAAUUCCCAACUCAGCUUUUUUUGGGGGGUGGUUGGGUGGGAGGGGGAGAGAAAAGAGAUUCUUUUUCCAAAGUUCUUCAAGUAAGUUGCUGCAUGUGUUCAGGAUGAUCCCUAUGAAAAAUCUGCUGUCUGUCAGGCAGGCACUUGGCAAGUGAGUGGAUGCUUUAAAAUGUUCAACACAGGUUAUAAUACUGCAAACUGUGAACAAGACGUAAGAAUAAUACUAAUUCAUUGUAUUUAAAGAGACAGUAUCCAUUUUGUGCAUGUCAACUUAGAAUGCACAACAAAAAGUAUCCCUACAAGAGAAAAAAAUUGAAAUGUACACAAUAAUUUCAUUUCUCAUAUUAAAGGAAAAUUUUGGAGAAACAAAAUGUUCACUUUUAAAUUUUAUUUAUAAUAUUAAUAUUUUUUAAUUUGUUUGAAACACUGAAUUGUAUAGACAUUGAAAUGAAAAGGUGUGUUAAAGGGAAUAAUUGUUAAACAUAGCCUACUAAGGCAAAUAACAAAGGGCUCUGUCUCUUUAAAAAGGCAAUAUCUAGUUUAAAAAGUACAUCUACCUUGUAACCACAUCAAUUAGACAUAUACUUGGUACAUAGCACACUACUUACUCUGUUUUUGUAUUGCAGUGGUUCCCUUUUGGUACUGAUUUGGAGGUGAACCAUUCACAAUGAAUACAAAUGUAAAAGCAUUGUGAUGGACAGUGAAUUGGGUGACGUGUACUUAGCCGUACUAAUAACAGAAGAUUUUAUUGCAUCAUAGACUGACUGUUUUGCAUGUUGUGGUGAGGAGGGAUCACUGUAAUGGAAACAUUACAAUGUGUAAAUCUGUUAGACACCCAAAUAACUAAGUUGUGAGUCAGGUUUUACAGUGGUUUCUAUCAGCAAAAAUGUAACAAAAAAAUCCACAUGCUAAUAUACCCACAAUAUUUCUGAAUAAACUUAUUUCUACUUCAGCAUAGAGAAACAAAUUGACUGCGUAAUGUAUAAAACUUUGAUUAACCUUUUGAGUGAUUGCAACAAAAUGUUUUAAUUGGAUAUUGCCUUUUUAACAAACCAAAGGAAACUGUGAGUAGCCUAUUAAGCUUAAGUAUAUCAAGUGUGGUUGCCUUAGACAUUAGGAUGAAUGUAGAUAUUCAAUGCACUACUGCCGCAGGUAUGCAGAGCUGAGACUGGCUGUGAUUUGUGUUGCCAAUUUACUGCAUCUCUCAUGGGCGUAUCUCAUGCACUUUUGAAAUUUUUCAUACGUUUAAGGCUGGGAGAGGUUAGCCCGAUGGGGAUGGGAAACAAAAGCCAGCAGCGUCCUUCGAAAUUUGAACUGAUGGUAGAAAUGGAACAUGAUUUUAAUACAUGAUUGUCAGCACCCAGGAGUAGUGCAGGCAGUGAUCCAAAGGAACAGGUGGCCAGAAUAUUGCCUCCUAUUCUUUCCUAUUCCAUUAAACAUCAGUUAAAAAUUAUAGUUUCUACAGGGCAUCCAGGCAGCUCCCUUGUACUGAACAAACUAUUUCCCCCAAGUUGUAUUAACACUUUGCAUAAUAACAUAAUUCCAUCACCAACUUUCAGGCUUUACAGUUACUGCACCAUAAUAUAACCCAGAGCUGAUAUUUCAAACACAUAUUGUGAAGUCAAAUGGUAUCUUAUUGCACUGCAGAACAGAUUCACCACCAAGUCAGAUUCAAUGUGGGAACGCUAAUAAGUGGUGCUGCCUCAGAAAGAAAUUGGUACAGUUUCAAAUGCACACACAUCAGUUUGAGAUGGGCAGAAUGGUUCAAGCACAUUGGGGAAUUGCACCUAACAAUAAUUCAAACACAGAUGGAUUUAAUGGUGAAUCAUUUCAAAUGCAGACUUCGCAAUAGGAGGAGUCAGAAAAGCCAAACCAGGCAUUAUGAAGCGAGAGUCGAAUGGGAACUGUGUGAUCAAAACGUGAUGAGAGGCAAUCGUCAUAGCAGUGUCAGUCAUGUGUAGUGUCCCCCAUCCACAUGUGGUUUUAUAUUGAGUGUAGAAGAGGGAUGUAGAAUACGAGUCAUUUACCUGUGUGCAUAUGAAGCUGGUCAGUUUAUGUGUGCAUGUAUAUGUGUAUUUAAACUUUGUGCAUUUAGUUAGCUUGAAGGAUGGUAAUGGACUGAGCUAAGAGUCCUUUCCCAAAGCAUGUAGAUUUGCAUGUGGGGUGGGGAGGGGAAUCAUUAAUGAAAACAGUAUAUAAUGUCUGUAGUUUUCUUAUGCUCCAAUAAUGACUGGUGUUGGUUAAUGGUAUGUGAUAUUGGAUUGAUCUGAUAUUGAUCCUUUUCUGGAUAGUGAAGGGUGACGCUUCUGGUUGUGUUGGGUGGUAGUAAGUGAGCCAUUUUCAAUGGCUACCAAAUAGGAGGGAGAGAAGUGAUAGCUGUUCUAUAAUAGGAUACUAUUUUGUGUGUAGAGCAGUGAUUGUUCUUAGGUAACUUGUACAGUUAAAGAGAAGUGUGUACGUUGUGCUGUAGCAUGAAAGAUCAAGAACGAAAUAGGAUUGUGUACUUAAUGCUGAUGAAAUGGCUGUGCUUCAGUUGACAAGACAGACUUCAUCUGAAAGCUCAUAAGUCGUUGAAUUGGGGUAAGAAAUCUGGGCAGUAGUGAGGCCCAGGGUCAAUAUGGAAUAAAAGCAGCCUUUAAAGGGGACUCAAACCAAUAGCUCAACAAAAGAAGCAAGUUUAGCAGCUUAGAGAUUCCCUGUUGUGUCUUGCACUGCACUCCCUGCAUAUCUAAUAAAAGCAAAAUUAAUACAACAACAACUUGCAUUUAUGUAGAGCCCCUCACAUAGGGUAACAUCCCAAUAAGUUGCCAAAAGGUUUGGAAUGUUUAAUCUAACGCAUCUAACCCAUUGCCCCAAGGCAGGUAGGCCUGUAGUGAUAUUGGAGUGGGAGAGAUGACAUUAGAAACAGAUAUAAAAAAAGGGAAUUUUAAGUGUUUGUAGACUACUAAGUUUAAGUGUUUGUUUAUGUUGUGCUUUAAUGUAGUCCUAUCCACACAAAAGGACUACACCAGAACUUUAUAUUCCUUUUCAAUGUCUAUUAUUUUGAGGAUUAUAUUCUUUGUGUUGAAAUUACCCCUUAUUUAUCAUUACACUGUUAAGUAAAGCAGAAUAUUUAUGUAGCUAUUAAUUAAGAUAAACCAUAAUUGUGUAAUGCCAGAUAAAUAAGGGCUUUUGGUUCAUUGGAAGGUUUAAUUUAUGGUUUAAAAUAUAGAUUAACAGUAUUUUAUAUAGAGUUUAUAGUUCAUGUUGUUUUAAUUUAUAAGCACAACUCUAACCAGUAUUAAAAGCUGUAAAUUCUGUGUUUACAAAUAGAAAGGUUCAUUUGCACUUGCUGUUUUUAGAUGCUGCAUUUACACCAGGCCACUGGAUUUCUUCUGAGACACAUUGGAUGAUCUUUCCCAGUGUUAAUGUCUUGCUGUCAGAGAAUCCUAGUGUUGGUUAAACUAGGCCAAAUUACCUCUGGUUUCUUACAAGAUCUUAAGGAAUUAGUUUCCUUCACCAGAACUCUUUCGGUCUCUCGGUCAACUCUUUUGCCAACAACAAUAGACAGGCUGUUAGCAUAUUUGGUAUUACCUAACCCCUACUUCAAAUUAUAUGAUUUUAUCUACACUGUCCUGCACUGUGGGUCCGUGACCCGAGUUUAUCUAUAUAAAGUACUGCUACUUCCCUAUGCAAGAUCAGCUUCUUUGUGUGCUCCCUUGGUAUCCAUAUUCACUGUACUGUAAUGUUGUUCCCUCAGCUUCAUGACUGAUGAGUCUCAAAUCCCAGGCAUUUGUGCAGAGAACAUCGUUCCUGUUACAUCAGCAAGGUUUUUCCCCGUUCUGGUAACUCGGUUGUAUACGGUUUUCCCAACAAAUAAACCAAGGAUUUCUUGUUGAGUGCCGUUGUGUUAACCAAUUGGCUGCAUCAAUGUACAGCUCCAGAAGUUACCCUAGCAUUUGAGGCAGAAACAAAAUAUGACUAAACACUCAUCAAACCCAUGAGAGUCCAUUUUACUGUACUAGCUACCUGAUUGCAGAAAAAAGGGAUGAGGUUUUGAGUGUUGAAUUAAUUCAAGAAAUGCUGAUCCAUCCAAACUGUGAAACAAACCCAGUGGUGAAAAAAAAGUAUCAAAUGCCUAGUUAUUCCAAUUUUCUUUAAGAAACCAGAAAUCUUAAUUUCUUUUCCUAAUUGGCCAUAUGUAAAUACUUAUUUUGAUUACUUACUACUUGUUGGUUCAAGUUCAAUUAAAUUGAUAUCCAUUAUGUCAAUAGAUUUCAAAUUGUAUCUGCCCCCAUUGCACUUAAUACUCUGAGUGGUUGGCCAAAAGACAAGGAAAGCCCCCUGCUCAGAAUGAUUUAGAUGAUUGCUGCAAUUUGCAUAAAAAUGGGAAAAGAUGGCUGAAUUACUGCUCCUAAGUGUUACCUUUUCUCUCCUCUUGUUAGUGUGGUAUACGUGUAGAGAUCUAGAGUGAGAAUAUGAUUACCACUGUCAAGGCUCAACUAUGUUUAAUGCAAGUCAAUAUUCAGGGGAGGAGAGAGAGGGGUAGAAAAAACUAAAAUAAAAAAAAUGAUGACCUGAAUCUCUAUGUGCAUAGAAUCCUUUAAAACCCUUCUAAUAAUUCAUUAUUGGAUUUGCAGAAGGAGUUUUCUGUUAACAUUCAGGUCAGUAUUUAGGCAAAGGAAACUUGAGGCUCCAUUAAUUGCAAUAAAAGUUAGUGAAACCUGAGCAACGUUCUUGGGGAGCUGUUGAUUGUGUGCCUAUAACACAGCAUGAGCUUUCCAGCAAGCAGAGGAGACUGGAAUGUGUUCAAUACGCUGCUAGGACUUUUGUAUCCUCAAAUUAAUCAGUCGCUUGCGAGUCUACACAGCAAUAAAGAACUUAAAGCUGACAAGCAUUGGUAGGAAAUUGGUGAAUGGGUUUGAAAGAUUUGCAAUGUGAAUGCCCUGGUGUUAUCUCACAUGUGUAAGCUUCAGGCAGCUUUACUUCUACCGUGUUUUAUGAUGGCCUUAUUCCACUAACCUUAGCAAGAUCAGCCGUAACAGUUACCAAAUUUAAUAACCAUCACCAUCCUCCCUUUCCCUGUUCCUGAUUCUUUAACCACCUCAAUCUCAAACUAUGUGCUCAGUUUACCUGGAUUCCAAUACAUUAAUGGUUUUAAAAAUUGCAGCUUCCCUUCUUUGGUUGUUGGUAACUGUUGGUUACGACUUUUGAAUGUUUCUGUUAAACAGUAUUAUCAAAGGGGUUCAGUUUUCAGCAAGUAUUCUCUUCUGCCCCAGCUUACCAAAGCAUACUUAACAGGUUAUAAGGUUAAAUGACUGUGUGAAAGCCCAAAAUCACUUCUGAGCCCUCCUGCUAGAUACAAUCUACACAAUUAUUACAAAUUUGCAAACAACUGAGAUCCAUUCAAAUACUCCUGGCAAACUACUUAAAAAGAACAAAUGUUAGCAGUCAAUUUGCAAACAUCAAUUCCUCUCUGCGGUAAGCUGAUCAAAAUUGACAUUAAAAAGUAACCCAUUCAUUCAGUCCUUUUUCAUUUGGAUGAACCACAUACACAUGAACUUGCAGAACUACUGGUAGAUUGAACAAGGUCAAUCGUGCACUACAAAAAUUUUGCAAUGCCACUUAUGAAUGUUUAUUACAAGACUGAACUUUGCCUCUUCUUACAUUUUAAGAUUCUUAAAGCAACUAGUUUGUGACUUUAUAUAUAAAAGUGUCUAGAAUUUCAGUCAAUGAUGUUCAUUUUACCUGAAGAGAACCAAGAAAUAACUGUACAUGUCGGUGUAGAAAAAUAACUAAUGCGCAGGAUUCCUAACAAAUUAAAGAAUAUUUUAUUGAGAAAAAUGUGAACAUAAUGUGAACAAUCUGCAAGGGAUGCUUGUAUUUUUUUCUCUGCCAAUGCUGUUUUUUCUCUCCUCUGUUUAACUGUUCGUGAAAGACUCAUGUCUAAAGUUUCUCUGUGUUGCUUUUAUUUCUCAGAAGAUCAGAGUGGGAAAUUUCAACGAGAAGGUUAAGUUUUGGGUUUUAAAGUCAUUUGGUUUAGACAAAAGUACAGUAUACAACAAAGGUUAGAGCAUUUAAUAAAACCACUAUAUUGCAUUUCAGAACCAUGCUGGAGUAGCCCAUUGGGAUUUAACACCUAAAAAGCUCUGCUUGUUUUUUGCAUGUUAUUCAUAUGUUAUAUUCCUCUCUAUGUAAUAGUUUAAAAAACAUUAAAAAAAGCAAAUUUGAAAAAAUAAAAAAAACUUGUCUCAACUUUAAUCAAAUGGACCUGUAAACAUUGCUGAAGCUUUUCUUUGAGUUCCAUGGUGUAAAGCAAAGAUGCUGUAGUGAUCAUUUCCAUACAAAAUUAAUAUUUAGUUCUUCAGAAUUUGUGUGCAAUAUUCUGUAUCUCUUUAAUCUCAAACUACUGAAAUUAAUUGUAAAAGGGAACAGCCUGAUUAUCGCCAAUAAAAUACAUCUAUUGAGUAUCAACAAA